AUGGAGUUUAUGAGUUUUGCUUAUGUUGGUGAGCCUUUUUCUAAGGUUGCUUUGUUGACAAGUUUAUUAAAUCGAAAAGUGUUUAUAGAAUGGAUAUGUGAAGUGUUUAUGAAAAGUGUUUACACAAGCUUAUAUAAAUUCAGUACAAGCAACAUAUAUGGAGGAGUGGUUUCAGAUAUUUAUGACAGCAUGGGAGUUAAAGAGAUGUCACAAACAUGCAUUAUGAAACUUCAUUUCAUAGUUUUAGCUCCUCCAACAAAAUCAUGA